CGACCCGGCCCCGGCGCCUGCGAGGAGCUUUGGGUGGGGGCGGGCGUGGGGGACUAGAGGCAGGAGGGGCGCCCGGCCCCGGAGAGUGCAGCAGAGCGGGCUGCUUCCCUGGAGGCUGCGGCCCCGGGGAAUGGGCGGGUAGAGGGUGUCCAGGGAAGAGGGUCGGGUCGGAGUGGGUUGACCACCGGGUCCGGAGGGGGGUCCGAGCCAGAGCGGAGCCUGCACCCUCCACCACCCGCCCUUCGGGAAAUAUCAGAACUGAGCCGAGAGGCAGGUGCACUGGGAAAAGGUGCCUGAGUCCUGCUUGGCAGAAGAGAAACUGAGUCACCAGCUCAGGAACCGCAGGGUCAGCGGGCCUGAAGGGGGCUGGGUCUGCCUGUGGUGCAGAGGGUUGGGUCGGCCGGCGUGAGCUGAGGUGGCCUCUGCUUGGAGAUUGGUCUCUCUGCUGUGUCUGCACCUCUUGGCUCGGUUCCCGCGUGCUCCAUGACUCUUUUAUCUCCUGGCGUCUUCUCGUUGGUUUGGAAUUGUCCCUACGGUUGGAGCCAUCUGAGUGUGUAGGGUCUAGGUCAAGGAGAAAGGGGAGGGGGCGCUGACCGCGGGUCUGAGCAGGAGUCUCGGGUUUGGGGAGAUUUGCCUGAACUGCUUUCACCCCAUUCUUGGUGCCAGUCAUCUUCCAAUAUAAUAUGGGGGAGGAACACUAACAGAAGAGCCAUGGGUUGUAAAUUCCAUGCCCAGCUCUGCCACUUGCUAGUUGUAAGACGUUGGGAAGGCUCUUCCCUUCGCUGAUUUCUCUUUGAGAAAAUUGGAACCCAUAAAGAUAGUAAUAACGGCAAGUCAUUUAUUGUGUGCUUACUUUGUGUCAAGCAGGGACAUGUUCUGUUUAAUUCUCCCAACAAUUUUAGGGGUUAGGGAUCAUUAGCUCUGUUUUAUAGAUACGAAAACUGAAGCUCGGAGAGGACAUGUAAUUUGUUCACGAUCACACAGCUAAUAGGUGGCAGAGAUGGAAUUUCAUCCUAAGCCUAACUAGCCAGAACCUAUGGCCUUAACCAUCAGGCUAACCAGCCUUUAGGGCACGCUCCCCUGUGAGAGAAGAGGGAGGUGAAAAAUCCAAGGCCCCAGCUCCCUGUUAUAUUUUAUUUACUUUGUGGCCAGCAGAGACUUGCCUGGACCCAACCCACAGUCUGUCCUCACCUGGUGCUGCUGCCUCUGGGCCCCCGCCUGGAGGGGCACCAAAGAAGUGGGCUCUGGGCAUUCCAAGCCUCCUUGACACAGUGCUUGGGUGCUGGGCCCUGGGGUCGGCUUUCAAGACAGUUGUUUGAAUCCGUCAUCCAUCCAUCCUCCUUAACGAGCAGCCUCCCUUCUCAGAGAUGGACCUCGGGAUGCAUGAGGCAGGGUCUCUAAGCUCUGCAGGCCUAGUUCCCCUGAGAGCUGGGGCAGUGAGGGGCGGUGACUGAGGCUGGUGCAGUCAGGACUGUGCGGUGGGAAAAACAGUAGACUUGGAGUUCUGAAACUUUUUCUGAGCUUCGGGUUCCUCAUCUAUUACAGAGGUUGUUAAAACCUCUCACAGGGAAAGCUGCUGCCGCUCACCCUGUGUCUUCUGGCCGCUUCCCUCUUUGCUGCCCCUCCCCACAGGCUCCCCGUCUCCACCUCCUGGGGGCCAUCAUGAAUGGUGCCCCUUCCCCGGAGGAUGGGGCCUCGCCCUCCCCUCCCCCCUUGCCCCCACCCCCUCCCCCGAGUUGGCGGGAGUUCUGCGAGUCCCACGCCCGGGCGGCUGCCCUGGAUUUUGCCCGCCGUUUUCGCCUCUACCUGGCCUCCCACCCCCAAUACGCAGGGCCUGGGGCCGAGGCUGCCUUCUCCCGCCGUUUUGCUGAGCUCUUCCUGCAGCACUUUGAAGCCGAGGUGGCCCGGGCCUCCGGCUCCCUCUCGCCACCCAUCCUGGCUCCUCUGAGUCCUGGUGUGGAGAUCCCGCCACAGGACCUGUCCCUUGAGAGCUGCAGGGUGGGCGGGCCCCUGGCUGUGCUGGGCCCUUCUCGAUCAUCUGAGGACCUGGCCGGCCCCCUCCCUUCCUCAGUCUCUUCCUCUUCUACAACCUCCUCGAAGCCGAAGCUAAAGAAACGCUUCUCCCUCCGCUCAGUGGGUCGCUCGGUCCGCGGUUCAGUCCGCGGCAUCCUGCAGUGGCGGGGGACUGUUGACCCUCCCUCCCCAGCGGGGCCCCUAGAGACCUCAUCGGGCCCCCCAGUGUUAGGUGGAAACAGCAAUUCCAACUCCUCUGGCGGGGCUGGGACCAUUGGUAGGGGACUGGUUAGCGAUGGAACAUCCCCUGGGGACAGAUGGACUCACCGUUUUGAGAGGCUGAGACUCAGUCGGGGAGGGGGGACCUUGAAGGAUGGAGGAGGCGUGGUGCAGAGGGAAGAGCUGCUGAGUUUCAUGGGGGCUGAAGAGGCAGCCCCUGACCCAGCUGGAGUGGGCCGGGGAGGAGGGGCAGCGGGGCCUACCUCAGGGGGAGGAGGGCAACCUCAGUGGCAGAAGUGUCGCUUGCUGCUUCGAAGUGAAGGAGAAGGAGGAGGAGGAAGUCGUCUGGAGUUCUUUGUACCACCCAAGGCGUCUCGGCCUCGACUUAGCAUUCCCUGCUCUACGAUCACCGAUGUGCGGACAACCACAGCCCUGGAGAUGCCUGACCGGGAGAACACGUUUGUGGUUAAGGUGGAAGGCCCCUCGGAGUAUAUCCUGGAGACAGCUGAUGCUCUACACGUGAAGGCCUGGGUGUCUGACAUCCAAGAAUGCCUGAGCCCAGGACCCUGCCCUGCUACCAGUCCCCGCCCCAUGACCCUCCCCUUGGCCCCUGGAACCUCAUUCCUGACAAGGGAGAACACAGACAGCCUGGAGCUGCCCUGCCUGAAUCACUCGGAGAGUCUGCCCAGCCAGGGGCUGCUGCUGGGGCCCAGCGAGAGCAGCGACCGCCUUUCGCAGGGGGCAUAUGGGGGCCUCUCAGACCGCCCCUCAGCAUCCAUCUCCCCCAGUUCUGCCUCCAUUGCCGCCUCCCAUUUUGACUCAAUGGAACUGCUUCCCCCAGAGUUGCCCCCCCGUAUCCCCAUUGAAGAGGGACCCCCAGCAGGGACAGUUCAUCCCCUCUCGGCCCCCUACCCACCCCUGGACACUCCGGAAACAGCCACAGGUACCAGAGGGUCGUUACUGUUCCAGGGAGAGCCAGAGGGAGGUGAGGGGGAUCAGCCCCUCUCAGGGUAUCCUUGGUUCCACGGGAUGCUCUCUCGACUCAAGGCUGCCCAGCUAGUGCUGGCUGGAGGUACCGGCUCCCAUGGCGUUUUCCUGGUACGUCAGAGUGAAACGAGACGGGGUGAAUAUGUCCUCACUUUCAACUUCCAGGGCAAGGCCAAGCACCUGCGCCUCUCGCUGAAUGAGGAAGGUCAGUGCCGGGUUCAGCACCUGUGGUUCCAGUCCAUUUUUGAUAUGCUCGAACAUUUCCGGAUGCACCCCAUCCCUCUGGAGUCUGGAGGCUCCAGUGACGUUGUCCUUGUCAGCUAUGUCGUGUCCUCCCAGCGACAGCAGGGUGAGCAGAGCAGGUCUGCAGGGGAGGAGGUGCCCGUGCACCCAAGAAGUGAGGAGGCCGGGAGCAGGCCGGGAGCCAUGCAGGGGUGUGCGAGGGAGAUCGAUGCUACCCCGAUGCCUCCUCCACCCUCAUGCCCUUCGGAGCGAGUGACUGUGUAACCGAGCACCUCCCAUGACCCACCCCAGCCCCCUGAACCCCCUUCAUGGACAGAUCCCCCACAUCCUGGGGCAGAAGAGGCGUCGGGGGC